UCAAAGCUGAAUAUAACGCAUUCACUACCUAUGAUGUAUUAAAAGAAUCAUCUUCAGUCAUGUCUGGCAUUCCCCUAAGGUGCCAUCUUUUCUUUCACUUUACAGCUGAGGGGAGGACUGCGACGCUUCGCUCAACCUUCACUAUGGCAGCGAGCGCGUUAAACGAUUGUCAGAAAUAUAGAAAUCUUCCUGCCACAUUUACGAGUUCGCUUUUCAAGUUCAUUUUCUGUCGCAGUCCCAUUUGCUGGCAUCAAAGAGAGAUGUUGGCAAUGCUCCGUCUAUUCAUAGUACGUCUAUGAGUGGAAGUCGUGGUUUCUAUGAUGCGUGCGACGAGAGAUAUGUCUUCCGUGUGUUCACUACGUCGUACCGAUUAAUUAAUACGGGUUCUCGUCGUUCUCUCACCGUUCCACGGAGAUAAAGUAAAGUUUAUCGCUGCCAAUAUCGGUGUAAGGCUAUACGUCUUCGAUAUAAUGUCUUGCCUUACCUUUGCGCGGUGGAUCCCGUUGGGAGAAUAAGCGAUGACUCCUUCGAGGAGUGACAGUUGUACGUUCAAUCCCGAAGUAAGCUGUGGCAAAAGAAACUGGUGUUCUUCAAGGAAAUAACAUUACGUACUCGUUUUCAUAUCCCAAAAGGUGAAUCAAUUGUUAGUAUUUCGGCGUCUCAGUUGGAAUGUAAUGUUUGACUAUUCUAUUCAUGAGCAGGUACUCGCUAAGUUCGAUUCUCCGGGGUAUUCUAGAGAAGAGAGAAAUUCUGAAGAAAACCGCCGUUUGCCUGACCGGCAGUGAAGUUCCAAACAACAUGCCUUCUGUUUGUGGCGAUAUGGUCGAUACUGGGGCUGCUGCCUCGCAAUCAGGCGUCAUGGAAGGCAUCCCCAGUACAGAUAGCGUAGGAACGCACAGUGAUAUAUCAGGGCACACAACGGUGCCGGGGAGACCCAGGAUGGACGUAGCCUGCGUAUUGGACUUGCAACAAUCGGAACAUCUUGCUCAACGGAAGAAAGCGUUAGAUGAAGUUAGACAGGCCUGCAAUUUGGUCAAUGCCAAUAUACAUCAUAUCCAAUUUGAGAAACUUGAUUUUGGCGAAACUAAUGUUCUGGACACAUUUUAUAACGCUGAUGUGGCGGUUGUGGAUUUAAGUAUUCAAUUGCAACAAUCUGCAUUGUUUUAUCAUCUCGGUGUUAGGGAGAGUUUUGGAAUGAAGGAAAAUAUUUUGCUGUAUAAUGAUAUAGACACGGAAGCUACAAUUAGACUUAAGUUAUCUUGUGGCAGCUACACAUUUGUUUCGUAUCGCGUUGUGGAAUCCUGUGGCUCAUGUGUAGCUACCAAUCCAGCAACCAGCAGAAUCACAGGCGAAGAGACAAUAGAUCCUAAACAGCAUCUUACUUUGAAACUAAAGAAAUUGUUUCAAGAUGUGGAAAUACAGUCCAAAGCGCACAUGAAGGAGAAAUUUCUGGCAGAUUUACGCAAGGCACGUGAGACAUAUUCCGGAGAAGAACUGUCUAGAGCUCUAAACAACAUGCGUAAACGUUUAGAUGAUCCCAAUGUUUUAUCAGGAGAAGUCGUUUUAAACGUUCUCAUUUCAUUUCGGGAAAUACAGGUUCAACCUAACGAAUAUGCUGGCAUAAAUCUUGCUACUUUAUUAGUCAUAGCUGGAAAUGAAUUCUCUAAAAGCGAGGAGUUACAACACAUAGGAAUGGUAUUAAAUAAUCUAAUCGGCAAGAAGGGCAGUUUACCGAGUUUAAAGGAUUAUUGGGAUGUAGCAACGUUUUUUGAAAUUAGUGUUUUGGCAGAGGAUUAUUCGAAGGCAAUACAAGCAGCCGAAUGUAUGUUUAAGUUGAAGCCACCAAAUUGGUACCUGAAAUCGACAAUUGGCAAUAUAUCACUGAUAGAUAGGUUUCGUAAAAAAAAUGAGGAAGCUGAAAUUGCGCCGGAGGAACAAAUAUUCAGUUUCUGGAUGGACUACUUUGUCGAAGCUACAAAGCCGGAAGUUGGCGAUAGUAUACGGUUUCCAAUUUUAGUGUUGGAACCAACCAAGAUUUUAAUGCCGAGUUACGUGAAUGUAAAUCUGGGAGCAGAGGAGAAGUCUAUACAAAUAUGGAAUUUGUGUCUGGAUAACAUGAGAAACAAUUGCAAACAAGUUCACGAUUGGUUGUUCACUGCGAAUAUGAUACGCAGCGUAAGCCUAUAUAAGAGAGACGAAAGAUGUCUCUUUCUGUACGUUCAUCAGAACUCGGAUGAUUUUCAAAUGUAUUUGCCAUCAGUACAAUGUAGACAACGAUUUUACGAUUUAAUCUUAGAGAUGACUAGGGAUCAAGAAGGCAUGGUUACAGAUUUGGAUGCUUACAUGACUGAUGAUCGCAUGAAGUUCGAAUACGAAUUGGAUGAUCAAAAUAAGCGCAUAAUUCUCGGCAAAGGUACAUAUGGCGUGGUGUACGCAGCACGCGAUUUAAAUACGCAAGUCAGGAUUGCAGUAAAAGAAAUUCGUGAACGAAACUUGGGUGACGUACAGCCUCUUCACGAAGAGAUCAAAUUACAUAGCCAGUUGAGACACAGAAAUAUUGUUCAAUAUUUGGGUUCCGUAAGCGAGGAUGGUUAUUUUAAAAUCUUUAUGGAACAAGUUCCCGGAGGAAGUUUAUCAGCUUUGCUAAGGUCGAAAUGGGGUCCUUUAAAAGAGAAUGAAUCAACUAUCUCAUAUUAUACCAAACAAAUGUUGGAAGGCCUUAAGUAUCUCCAUGAUCAAAAAAUCGUUCAUAGAGAUAUAAAAGGUGAUAAUGUGUUGGUAAAUACAUACAGUGGAGUUGUAAAGAUUUCUGAUUUCGGUAUGUCCAAGCGUUUGGCUGGCUUAUGCCCGAGUACGGAAACAUUUACUGGAACGUUACAAUAUAUGGCGCCAGAAGUUAUUGAUAAGGGUCAACGUGGUUAUGGUGCACCUGCGGACAUUUGGUCUUUGGGUUGCACGAUAGUUGAGAUGGCAACUGGAAAGCCUCCCUUCAUCGAACUAGGUUCUCCACAAGCAGCUGUUUUUAAAGUGGGAUAUUAUAAAAUACAUCCCGAGAUACCAUCAGAAUUAUCAGAGAGAGCAAAAAGUUUUAUAUUGCGCUGUUUUGAGCCAAAUCCCGAUAUAAGAGCAACAGCGGCGGAAUUGUUGGAGGAUCCAUUUCUUAAUGAGAAAAAGAAGAGCAGCAGAUUAGUUGCACCACCAGACUUUAGCAGAAGUAUAUCGGUUCCUGCAGACAGAUUGGAACGUUUGGGGAAAUGCGAUAAAACAAAUAAUAAUCAUAUCGUCGCAGCCAUACCUAUACAGAUGUCUCAGUCGGAUGAUAGUGGAGGGUUAACGAAGUCAAGCCCAUUGAGGGGACGAAGUCCGGCUCAUCUAUUGUCCCCCAUCAGCAUGCCUACUACAAUCCUCUCUUUUAACAGUACGAUAGGAAAUACUCCAUCGAUAGAAACUAGUGAAACUGAUACAGCUGGUGCUUCAAUAACGAGGAGAAGUUCAUCUGGUGGAUUGUUAUCACCAGAAGUUGAAUUAGGAGGACAACCAGGACAAAAAUCUGGAGAAGAGCAAGAGGGUUUUUAUUUAUUAAAGAAGGAUAGCCAAAGGCGUAUGACGUUAACGAGGGUUCUCAACCAAGAUGAGGCAAAGAUUUGCGAGGUUUGGAUGAGAGGUAUAAAUCAAGCGGAGGGACAGACGGUGUUGCAAAUGAGUCACUUGGUGUUACUUAUGCGCGGUUUAAGGGAUUAUAUCGCGGAGCAGAAUCAAGAAGUAAUAGUAACUGCUAUUCGAACACUGAAAGAGGAAUUAGAUUUUGACUCGACCGCUAUUAAUCACUUACACUUGGCUAUUUAUUUAUUUCAAACGGCAGUAAAUGAGGUCCUCAGAAUGCACAGUAUAAAGCCGCAUUGGAUGUUUGCUUUGGAUAAUUUAGUGAGAAAUGCUGUUCAAGCUGCUAUCACCGUUUUAUCUCCCGAAUUGGGCGCUAACUUACUUGGACAAGAACGAGUGCAACCUGGUGGUCAAGGCCCUGAGGAGGGUUCGACAUCUGGAGUAUCGACAGUAAACUCUGUGAAAUCUCAGAAAACCGCCGAUUCCAUUGAUAAUAAAUAUUGGAAAGAAUAUAGAGAUCAAAUGGGAGCAUUAAAGAUGGAAAAUAUGAAGCUACUUCAGGAAUUGAUAGAAAGCCAGAAAUCCUAUCAAACGCUAUUGCAACAAGCCCUCGAGGAGCAAAGAGCCCAAGUCAAUACAUUGACAUAUUUAUGUGAAAACAUUAAUAGAAAAUCAGUGAGACAGGAAUCAGGCUAUAAUUCUUGUAUUUUUGGAAAUAUAUCUCAACAACUGUCAUCUUCAACGCCUACCGAUACGCAUCGCAGUAUCAACGUACAUCAGCAUACAGACCUUGUUGAAUGGUUACAGAAUCUUCAAGUAGACGAAACAUCGAUUGAUAGGUUCCUAUACGAGGAAUAUACACUGGAAGAUAUUUUGUGUCACGUUACCCGAGAAGAUCUUCGCAGAUUAAACUUAAGGGGAGGAAUUGAACUCAGGAUAUGGCAGGCUAUAUUGAAACAUCGAGAAAGUAAUGGAAAUGAAGUCUUAGAGAGAGAUUAAUGCAUUAUAUAUUUUUCUACUAUUUUUAGUAACAAAGUGUCAGUAGAGCAGCUGGAAUUUAAAGCAUGGGUAAAUAAUUAUUUCAAUUAGGCUGCCAGAAAUAUAAUAGCCCAAAUCACUCACGCAUACUAUAAUAUUAUGCAGGAUAUAAAUCAAACUUUUGUAAAGAGAGUUUCUUCCGUGACACAAUAUAAUGAUAUUAUUGGU